CUUUAGUUUCAAAAAUAAACUCGUAGUGGACGCGUCUGUUUCAACUAAAAAACAAAAUUUUAUCAAGUUUAAAUUUGUAGCCAAAUAAAUUUUAACAAAUAAUUUUGUUCCUUAAAACUGAUAGCUUUUCAAACAUUUGUAUUUCGCCAUGGAUGACUUUGACUUCAGUUCGCCGCCACCGGAAGUGCGUACCAUUCACACGCAUACUCUGGACGACGAGCAAUUGAAGGAUUGUGAGGCGGCUUUUGCCCUAUUCGAUGACGAGAAUGCCAAGGUCAUUCCCAUAAAAUUACUAAGGGAUUGCCUACGAGCCGUGGCCCACACUCCGUCGGAAAAUGAGCUGCAAGAUUAUAUCACCGAAAUCGAUACAGAUGGAUCGGGCGAACUGUAUCUAAGCGAUUUCCUAUACAUCAUGUCAAAGCGGUACGAGAAUUCGACGCCCGAAGAUGAAGUGAUCCUGGCAUUCAAGGUCUUCGACAAGGAUGGAUCUGGUUUCAUACCCGAAACUGAGUUCCGUCAGAUAAUGACUGAUCUGGGGGAAAAUAUGGAAGAAGAUGAAAUUGAGGAAAUGAUCCGUGAUGCAGACUCCAAUACUGAGAUGAAAAUUGACUACGUUCGCUUUGUAACUAUGAUGAUGGAGACAUAAAUUUGAAAUUGUACUGGGUGCCGGCAAAACCUUUUCCUUGGUUUAACAUUUACCUGAUCUCACCUAGCAAUAUGAUGGUCCAAGGAUAAGCAAUAAAAAAUAAUUUAAAAAAAAAUUACACUUUAUUUAACCCUAAAACG